CAGUGCGGAAGUGCAGCACGUGCGAGUUCCUAGCAUGAUGAAGAGCAUCAUCCCCUGCAAGCUGACUUGGGUCACACUGGACAGCCCCCUGGGGAGGAUAAAAGUCAGUGGAUGUGAAGAGGGCGUCCAUGACAUCAGCAUCCAGGCGGACACAAGGCUCACCGAAGGGACCAAAACGGGCUCCUCUGACUGCACAGUACAGGAGGGCCAGGAGGCGCUAUCUGGCCAGCUCCAGGUCUGUACAGACUGGCUGCGAGCCUAUUUCCGUGAGCCACAGGUGGCGGAGAAACUGCCCAUGCCAUGCUUUCACCACCCUGUCUUUCAGGAAGAGUCAUUCACCAGCCGAGUGCUCCAUGUUUUGCAAAGGGACAUCAGGCUGGGAGAGACGGUCUCCUACAAACGUCUCGCCGAGAUGUCCGGAAACAUUAAUGCUGUCAGAGCGGUAGGCGGGGCUAUGAGGAGGAACCCAGUUCCUCUGCUCAUUCCGUGCCACCGAGUGAUCGCCAGCAAUGGUCAAAUUGGAAAUUACAUGGGCGGUCAAGGUAACCACUUGAAACAGUGGCUGCUGGCCCAUGAGAAGGCCAACAUGUAAAAGAUAAAAUGUGGUCUGAUUUCUCCCCACAUCCUUCCUGGCUUCUGUCUCUUCAGCACAAGUUAUCACAGUUUGCGAUAUUAAUGUUUUCUUUUUUUUUGUUUGGUAAUUAUUUCAGUGUUAUACUAAAUAGUGUAUGUUUUUAAUUUUAAUCUUGGGAGUCUUAAAAGUUCUGUUUUUCCCCAAAGUUCCGAAAAUCUUCUACUACUUUUAAUGUCGUUCGAAUAAUGUUUGUUUGGGAAAUGGGGCCUGUUUUUUCUUCUUUUCUUUUUUUGUGUUUUUUCUGUGGAACCUAUUAAGUUAUGACACAAUUUGCAGAAACAAGUCCAGCUUGAUUGAUGUGAGCCAGGUGAGACAAGCAUUUUGAUGUAUUUUCACUUUUCCACUGAUUCUUGUUAUUCAAGCCUUCUGGGACCUAAUGUGAUUAUUUACAAUAUUGCACUAUGUUUGCUGUUUGCAUGUACUUUUGAUUUAAAAAAUAAAUAAAUAAAUAAAACUGC